UGCGCCUCAAUUCGGUUUUCCCAACGCGUCUUUUUGGCGUCUUUCUCGUCAGUGUUUUUUUAAUGUUUUUUUUUUUUGUUGUAUUAAGUUUUGUUAUUGUGCGAAUAGCUAUUAAUGAUAUAAAUGGUUCUCAUGUUUUAUCGCUGUUAACUAGUGAAUGAACCAAGUGGUUAAAAAAAGAAAAAAAUAAAACAAUAACAACAACAGCAAUUGUGCAGAGCAGGAACGCUCUCCUCCUCUCACUCGCGCUCGCUCUCUCUCUCUCUCUCUCGCACUCUCACUCUACUCAAAUAUGUCAAUGGAGUGCGAGAAGUGAAGGCAACCAACGGCAAUCAACGAUUUGAAAUCCUGGAAUCCUGGAACCCUAGCACACAGGUGUCUGUUGCCACAUCAUUGAACUGCAGCCAGGCGUAGACAUGGGUCAACUGUUGCUGCCACUGGUUGUGGCCAUAGUCAGUGUAUGCCUGAUGAUAUGCACUUGCAACAGCAGCAGUAGCAGCAGCAGCAGUAAUAACUCCGGCAGCAAUAUGCUGGGCGUGUACAUUGAACGUGCCCCGGAAUCGGCUGUGGCGCCCAAGGGUGACGAGGUCGUUUUCGAGUGUGAGCUAAAUUUGAAACCGGAUCGAUUGGAGUGGCGAUUUCGGGUGAGUGGCAGCGAUCCAUAUCGCUAUCUGUAUCCGGCAGCCGGUUACAAUGUGACCAGCAGCAACGAGGGUCGCACCUGGAAGCUGCGCAUCUAUGUGAAUGCCCAGACACUGGGUGACUAUCAGUGUGUGGCAUGGUACGGGCCCGGUGCCAUUGCCUCGACACCGGGACGAUUAACGCUCGUCUCCAUAUCGCUGGAUGGUGCCAACAAUGGAUAUGGCCGGCAUGCUGUCCGCUGGAGCGUUGCGCCCAAUAAUUGUGUGCUAUUGCGUUGCGGCUCGGUUGUCUCCAAUCCGCCGGCCAUUUGGAGUUUCUAUCGCAACGGCGAGAAAUUGCCGCAAACGGAGCUGCUGCUGUCCGGCGCCGCCGGCGCCCUCGUUCUCAGCUCCGUGACCGCCAAGGAUGCGGGCAACUAUUCGUGUGCCGCAACGAAUGCGAUAACGGGCGUCGAGUUGCGUCUGCCGCAAGUGAUUGACUUGCGUGUGGAUUAUACGGAACGCACGCCGCCAUAUUUUCUGCUACAGCAGCCGGCGACUCAGGUGGCCGCACGUCCCGGCGACAGUGUUGUACUUGAGUGUCCGGGCGUCGGUUCGCCGCGACCGAGUGCCGUUUGGAGCAGCCCCGAUGUGCGCAACAUCUAUCACAAUCGGAGCCGUGUGCUCGCCUACGGACUGCAGAUCAAUGAUGUGCGGCCCGAGGAUCAGGGCUCGUAUGUGUGUCGUCUGGACAACGGCAUUGCCCCCGUUCUCGUGCACAUGAUCAAGCUAAGCGUGCUUCAGCGUCCACGCAUCGUACGCGGCCCAGAGAUGACCCUAACCAAUGAAGGCGAUGCCCUCACGCUGGAGUGCAUUGCCACCGGACAUCCGCAGCCGGAGAUCUAUUGGCUGUUCAACGGCGAGGAUGCCAGCGCCGACAAUGAAACGCUCAUCGAGCCCAAUCGCCUCCUCAUCCAUCAUGUCCAGAAGCGUCACGCGGGCGUCGUUCAAUGCUUUGCCCGCAAUCAACUGGGCGAGACGAGCGAGGGCAACAUGUUGCGUGUGAAUCCCUUACAGAUCAGUGGCGAGGAUUAUCCGCCACUGGGCGAUGUGCCUAUGCGAUCGCCGCACGAUCCAAUCUAUGACAAUGGGGGCAAUGGUGGCUCAUCAUUCGGCACAUCCUCCUCAUCCGGUUCAUAUGGUGGCGGUUCCCGUAACAAGAAGCGCAAAUACAUGAGAGUUGCUAAUAUGGUGCCGCCAUCGCGGCCCAAUGUCACCCGCCUAUCGGACGACGCCGUCAUGCUGCGAUGGAAUGUGCCCAAAAACGAUGGCCUCCCCAUACAGUUCUUCAAGGUGCAAUAUCGCAUGCUCGGCGACAGUUCGCGCAAAAUUCCGCGCGAAAGCUGGCAGACGACCAACGAGAAUAUACCCUAUGGCAAGCAGCGAGAGCGGGAGAGGGAGAGGGAUCGGGAGCGAGAGCGUGAUCGUGACCAUCACCAUGAGCAUCUCGUGAACUCGGCGCUGAGUGGCGUCAAGAAUUUCACAUCGUCCGUUUCGGGACUGCGUCCGGAUCGCAAUUAUCGCUUCCGCAUCAUUGCCGUCUAUUCGAACAAUGACAACAAGGAAGGCAACACCUCCAUCAAGUUCUUCCUGCAGCGUGGCGCCGCCAAAUCGAAUCUGCCCGUGCCCGAGCUGCGUCAAAUCGAGCCCAACUCGGAGUCGGCCGUCGUCCUCCACUGGACACUCACGGCCGUCCAGCAGCAGCAACAGCAGCACACCAUUGAUGGCUAUUAUGCCUACUAUAGGCCGGCAGCCUCUGCCGCCGAAUACCUGAAGGCCACCGUCGAUGGCGGCCAUGCCCGUCACUUUAAAAUUGAUCUGCUCGAUCCGGGCACCGCCUACGAGUUCAAGCUGCAAUCGUUCAAUGCUCACGCUGCCUCCGAGUUCAGUGAGAUCAAACAGGGACGCACUCUGAAAACUUCCGGUCACUCGAGCAGCGCCUCCACACCGGCAGUUGUGGCCGUGCCGAAUGGUGCCAAUGGCAACGCCGGCGAGCAGGAGAACUCCAUUUAUCCGGUCAUCGCAGGCGCCGCCGGUGGCGGCCUACUUCUUCUCAUUGCCAUUGUGGUUGCCUGUCUGUGCCUGCGACGUCGCAACAAUGCUCAGCCCGAGGAUGAGAACAAGCCGCAAUUGGACCACAUCCAAGCGGAUUUUGUUACAUCCUCUGUGUUGGGCGUGGCGCCACAUCACAAUCACAAUCAUAACCACAGCCUCGGCCACAACCACAAUCAUAAUCACAAUCAAAAGUCGGGCGAUGUGCGUCGAUUGAAUGGGGUUAUUCCACGCAUGAAUAUCACGCCCAAUCCUCUCGCUCAGGAUCCUGCAGCUGAUAAGAAUCGCAAUGUAAUGGAGCUACGCUUCCUGCCACCCAACGGCAUCACCAGCACCACCAACACCACCACCAGCAGUAGCAGCAGCACCACCACCACCACCACCACACCCAACCACAACCACACGAACAGCAGCACAGUCGAGCCAAUUAAUGCCAAUCCAGACGGGAUUGCAGAUGUCGAAAUGGAUGUGGAUGUUGAUGUUGAUGUGGAUGCUGCUGCCACUGAUAAUGCGCAGACGGGCGGCGCCUCCUCCUCAUGCGAGACCUUGGAGGCCUGUGACGGUCUCACACAACAAAAACAACAACAACAGCAGCAGCAGAAGUUGCCCGCAACGGAGGCGCCCAGCAAACCGCUGCCGCCGCUGCCUUUGCCCAAGAAAACUGCAGCUGCCAAAGCGCAACAACAACAGCAGCAGCAGCAGCAACAGCAAGAAACAAAUGCAUUGGCAAUUGCGGCAGCUGCUGCACUGCAUCAGCCGGGACUGCAUCAUGCGCAGCCGUAUCAUGCGCCCGGCACGCCUACAUUUCCCCUCAAGCGACACGAUUUUCAGCAGCAGCUGCAGGCACCGCCCGUGCCACCUCAUGCUGCCUACUACCAGCAACAGCAGGCGGCAUCUGGUGGCGCUUCGCCCAUGCUGGAUCAGCAGCGACGCACGCUGGAGCGCAGCGUGCGCAGCCUGCAACAACAACAACAGCAGCAGCAGCAGCAGCAACAACAACAUUUUGGAAUGGACGAUGGCAUGGCCACGCCCACUCGUAUGCCCUCGCUGCACCGACAGCGACGCGCCUCUGGCAGCCAGCACAAUAGCCACACUAAUCUCAACAACAACAAUAACAAUAACAACAACAGCAGCAGCAACAACAAUAACAACAAUAAUAGCAACAACAACAAUAACAAUAACAAUGUGCCGCAUCAUAUGCUGCAUCAUCACAAUCAUGUGCACCACCCGCAUCCACACCCACAUCCGCAUCCACAUUCGCAUCCGCACCACAGCCAUGUGGUGGGCAUACCCCAUGUGCCCGGCAGCCCGCGCGUCCAGCGUUCCCCGAUGCCCGGUCGCGCCCUCAUCAAGCGGACACGUCUCGGCAGCCACACGGACAACAUAUCCUCGGGCAGUCUCAACAGUAUUGAGGUCUAGACCUAAUCCUAAUCCCCCCACAAUGUACAGUAGUCGCUGGCAGUAAAUGUCAAUUGAAUAAAUGAAUGAUUCGAAUUGAUUCGAGUCACUUCUGUGUCGAAUA